AUGUUGGGGAAACUAUUCAACUUGGGGACCGGCAAUGGCGCCAGUAGUGGCGGGCCGCCUCAGUCCAAUUACACUAAGCCCCCUCAGUCGUCUCUAGAAUCUGUGCAAGAGGAUAUUCACACCCGUCAUCUCCUGUUUCCCGACGCCGAUGCCCUGUUUCAGCACCAAAUCGAUCAGGUCUUUCCACUCUCCACGGCCCUACCAUCAACAACCCCAGGCAGCCCGUUUGAUUAUGAAGCAGACAUUGAGCUCGACGCACGACAUAUUAGGGUCCUCAUCAUGCAGGAUGCUGCCGGUCCUUAUCCGUUCCAGCUCCUGUUCGACAGCCAGGGGCCGCCCCCGCCAGCUCCCGUUGCUCCAGAUCGAUCACCAGGAGGGUUCCCGUCCUUCCAGGACCCUCGGAGGACGCCCGGAACGCCGCGGAAAAGCAGCCUGAACCACGGGUCUAGGCCCCUUGUCAUUCAACCGGACAGUCCACAGCCACGUCAGGGCGCCUUUGACCGUCGUGGCUCUCUGCAAGGCCGCACACAAACAACGGCUGAAACAGAGUUACAGCGCGCGCGCCGCGAGUACAACGACGAGAUCAGCGCAUUUUCCAGUUGCACAUUUGGCAAUUCCGAGUUGAUGGCUUACAAGGGCACCUCAACUAAAGUGCACAUUGUUCCCAGCUCUAGUGACAGUCGCACGGAGUAUGCCGGGUCUUUGCUGGGCGAUGGGCGUGGGUCCAUUGGAAGAUCCAGCAUGCGUUCAAGCCGGCUCGCGCAGUCAUACACGUCUGAAACUGUUUCGUCAGCACACCCUUCGGCAUCCUUUGCAACGACCUCGACGCCAAGGCACUCUGACAGGAGAAAGAUCCUCAUCACAAGAUUAUUUCCCGCGCUGAGCCCCAUGUCAUACCGAAGGAAGUUUUACGAGCAGCAACGAGCAAAGGGAGAAGAGGAUCUGUUCCUACCUGCCCGCACCGUCAUCGUUUCUCAGGACAAGAUGCUUGCGCGUCGGCUGAUUUUCCUGCUGUCCGCCUUUCUCCCGGCCAAUCAGCAGGUACCCACUGCACGCCCACACCGGCCGAGCACGUCGACGUCUGUCGGGGCCUUCUCGCAGUCACCGCCUUCCUACAUUGUGCCGAUUCUGCGCGAAGAGUCUCUACGCCGAAAGAUCAACCGCAGACCUGGACCAAGGCGAACCUCGCACACACGCAACAUGAGCCAAAGCACUCGCAUGUCCGGUGUCCCAACUCAGCUUGCCCACCUUGCCAUGGAAGGACAUCAUGAGAGGCGUUUCUCUGACGUGGGCUCCCUCAGAUCCAACCUCCCUAUCCCUGGCAACGAUGUCGGGAGUAGGAAAAGCAGCGCGGCAACAACGACCACGAUUACGCCAGAAACGUCUAUUCCCCAUUUCUCCACCAUUCAUAGGGCAGAGAGUCGACGGAGGCCGCGACCUGGCAGCAGCAGUAGCAUUGCCGCGGAUGACCUCAAACGAUCCUUGAUACGCGGCGAAACUUCGGGACACAUGAGUAGCGCCAGCACCGACUCUCGAGCAGCAAGUUCCCGAUGGGGCAGCAUGAUUAGUGGCCUGUGGAGCACUGCCGCUCGAAGAGGAUCAUCCAGCCUGACAAUGCACGAGUCCAGCAGUCCGACCUCGCCUACGAAAGGCAAUUUCGGUAUAACUGAUAAGCUGGCUGAAAUGGUGAGAGAAGCAUCCAUUGUGGAGGGUUAUCGUCAUACAGCCGAUCCAAGACCGUCCAUCGAGGGCAGUGAGCCCCAGACACCUCGCGGUUAUGAUGAUGAGCAAGCCAUUGAUGACGAGCCCGAAAGAUUAGUCUUUGCUGAAAGAACACCGGAUCCCACGAGUGCGUUCCAGUCUCCUGUCAAGACCACGAUCAACCCCGAGGAUGGCGUAAUCGACGUCGACAUUCCAUUUCCUGACUACAUUACAUCAUUUGAAACUGCUGUCAGCUCUCCCUCAAGCAGUGGCUACCUCUCCACCCCUGGACUGGGCAGCGGACUCGAUGGCUUUGAGCAGCUUUCUCGCAUCGUCAUUGAUGGCGAUUUACCUAUGAACGUCGCCGGGUAUCUGCAACGAUAUCAUCAGGACUUUGUGCUGCAAGCGAUCCCACCACAAGACGAUCUGGAAGAGCAGAUCAAGCAGUCCAUGCGGUCGGAACCGACUCCGUUCAUCUUCCACAAGCAUGCAAGCGAUGACUCUGGGGAGAGAUGGGUCGAUAUUAGCUCAGUGCUGAUAGCAGACACGGCUACACACACAACCAAGCGCAUUCGAUAUCGCCGACUGAUCCGCCCAAGACCGUGGGCGGAACGUCCGGCCCCCAUGGGCUCUGCUGGUUCCAGCGUCUACGGCACCGCACUGCUGACUCCUUCAGUCAUGCCUUAUGAGCACCAGCUGGAGGAUGAAUUCAUUGAAGAAAAAUUUGCCAGCCUGGACGACGUCCUGACCGAGGCUGUCGAAAGAGUUAUCGCACAGGGCCUCGACACGAGCAAGCACAAUUCUUCUAGCUCGUCACGAUCGACAAGCAAGGGUCGCGGACGCAGCAACAGCGACGCUUCCGAAUCUGAAGAGAGCCAUACGGUACCGCACAUGGUUCAAGAAGUACCGCGAGGUGAAUGCAAGUCGGUUGUUCUGUCCGCCUUGCACGACAUUAUUCGGGACGUUGUGGAGAAGCGAGAGCACGAAGGUGAGGGCCGCAAUGGAAACGGCGGCAGAGUCGUGAGAGAAGAGCAGGAAAGCGUCCUGCGUGAAGCGGUCCGCGGAUGGCUUGACAAUAUGGAUGCAAGCGAGUGA